AUGAAUUCCAUUCGUCAGGUUCAGGCGCUCAAUAAGCGCGAGCUAGAAAACGCCGUACCUCCAGAGGCAUCAUGGCAUGCAGACUACCGUGAUACAGCUUAUGUCUAUAUCGGAGGCCUUCCGUUUGAUCUAUCCGAGGGUGAUAUUGUCGCAAUCUUCUCUCAAUACGGAGAGCCGGUGCAUGUCAACCUGGUUCGCGACAAGGAAACCGGCAAGAGCAAGGGAUUCGCGUUUUUAAAAUACGAAGACCAGCGCAGUACAGAUCUUGCAGUGGAUAAUCUCGGCGGUGCAACUGUUCUGGGCCGCAUGCUUCGGGUUGACCACACGCGGUACAAGCGCAAGGAUGACGAGGGAGAGGAAGACAAUGUUGCCAAACUGAUGGGUGACCCGGCUCCCGACAGCAAAGAUAGCAAAGGCGAUCGACACAGCCGGCGGCAGAUUGAAGACCAACGUCCGAUGCUGAAAGAGGAGAAAGAACUGCAAGAAUUGAUGCGCACUCACGACGAGGAGGACCCAAUGAAGGAAUUCUUGAUCGAGGAGAAGAAGGAAGAGGUUGCUCGCGCCAUCGAGGCCUGGAACAGCUCGAAAAAGUCAAGCAGGCGGCGCGAUCAUAGCAGAGAGCGAUCUAGCCGGCAUCAUCGUCGCCACCGAUCUCGCUCUCCGGAUAAGGAGAGACGUUCUCGGCACAGAUCUUCUGAAAGAGAACGAUCGCGAAGAGACCGUCCUUCGAGGGACUCACGCUCGCCCGACUCUCGGCGUCACCGAUCUGACAGGGAUAGACAUGAUCGUCGCCGUUGA